UGCGAACCGCCCUGGCCCAGGGCCAUGGCCAACAAGAAACGCACAGAGAGACUAGGGAUCGAUCGAACGGGGGACGGGGCGACGUCUGAGACUCGAGAGAGAGAGCCCGCCGCCGCCCGCCGCCCUCGGAGGCGUAUCUUACAGCCUCGAGGAGUUGCCCCCGCCUCGCCUUGCCAGACGCAGCCGGCGGCUCCCCUGCCCGCGGCGUUAGGUCCCCUCGCCGUCGCCGGACUCGUCGUUCGGCAAUCCGCCGUCGCCGAAUCGUCGUCCCUGCCUAUCUGGCUCCCCUACUUGGCGACUCUAGUACCCAAUCUCCACUCGGUCAGAAUGCGGCGACAGGGACAUGGACAGGGGCAGUAUGGUGAUGCAGACAUCAAGUCCAUGGUGACUUCCCAGUUGCAUCACUACCAGGCACAGCAAAGGGUUCAGCAACUCCCUGAUAAUAGUUUCCCUGUAAGAGAUCCUGGGCAAAUUGCUGGGGAGAACCAGUAUGCUGCCCCGAAGGCGAGACAAAGCCAAUGGGAUCGAGGUGGACCAAAUAUGCAGAAUCAGAUUUCACCAUAUGCAUAUAAUGAGGGUCAAGGUGCUGAGGGUACACAAUCCUUUUAUGACAGACAUAAAUCUGAUCUGAAGGUUAGUCUAGAAAAGCAGCCAAGAGAGGAAUCGAGGGAGCAACCUCGUACUGAUAAGAUUGAAGCAAGGUACGAGGAUUAUAAUCUUCCCCGUACAUUUGAAGGUCUAGAACAGAGUUUUCAUGAAGACAUUGUGAUCCUAUCCAAGGAACUACAUGAUGCAGAGGAUGCUGAAAAUACUCGGCACAGGGAGACAUUGAAGGAGAUAAAUGCACAGUACCAUGAGAAGUUAUUAGCACUUCGAGCUCGCCAGACAACCUAUCGCGAAGAAUUCCUCCGCAAAGAGUCUCUUGAACGCCAGCAGCAAUACCGACAAGCCAGCAUGAGCAAUUAUGCAAAUAAUAUUAUGCCUAGGGAACCACAUGUCUAUCCAAAAGCAGCAGCAGCUGCAGCCACUCCUCCUGCCGCUGCUUCUGGAGGUGCUUAUGGAGAGGCUCAUCGGGGUUAUGCAUCUGGCCAGUAUGAAUCCCUUGGGGAACGGGUAAAUUACCCAGAGUUCCAUGGUGGGAGCCAAGGUCGGAGUCAUGAUUUUGAGCAUCGCAGUCAAUACCCUGGCGGCCGUGCUUAUAAUUCUGGUGGCCGCAGAUUCUAGAGAUGGCUUGUUCAAACAGACAGCCAUUUUGAACAGCAGAUAGCUUGGUGUGGAAAGCUCAAAGUAAAUUGCUUUGGAAGCUUAGUUCCAACCUCUUAGAAGCUUAAAGCAAAUUGCUUAAGAAGCCUAGUUGUUUUGCGAUUCAAUAUCACCUGUGUAUUGAAUCGCAGAUGUAUUUCUUUCGUAUACCACCAAAUGUUGUCCACUGUUUAAGUCUUGUACCUGUAGCUGUUUGCACUUUGCAGCCUCACUAGAAUUCCUUCGGAUUUUGUAAUUUUGUAGAGGAAAAAGGAAACAAUGUAUCAUAUGGCUUCUUUACUAUUCUGAGCAUCUCCUGCAAUGAGAAUAAUAUAACCGAAGCAAUGUGAUUUCUUUUCAA